AUGUGGAAGGCAGGCCAAAAAUCCGGCGACUACCACGACAACAUGAACAACAAAAAUUACAUGCAAUGGGUCAUAAAUCAACUGAUACCAAACUUAAAUCCUAACUCUGUAUUGGUUAUUGACAAUGCGAAGUACCACAACAAGCAAAUUGAUAAGGCCCCGACUUCCAAUAGUAAAAAAGAAGAAAUGACCAAGUGGCUUUCCGAGCACAACAUUUCCUACGAUCCAACAAUGCUAAAACCUCAACUUUACAAACUCAUUCUUCAACACAAACAUCGAUAUGUCAAAUAUGUCCUGGAUGACAUCUUGGAAAGGGAAGGCCACAGUGUACUGCGUCUGCCCCCGUAUCAUCCUGAUUUGAACCCAAUCGAGAUGAUAUGGGCAGAUGUAAAAAACUAUGUUGCAUCACACAACACGACCUGA